GCGACCUUCAGAGCAUGUGUAGCGACUAGGCGGGCGGCUUGUGUAAUUGUUCAGCUUCUGGCCACCGCCAUGUACCGGAGCUUGUGUCAUACCGCUGUGCGCAGGGCUCUGAAGCCGCCCCUCGCUGCUCUCAGCGCUCGGACUGUUCACCUGAACGGCCCCCCAGAUCGCACCGAGGAGAAGGAAGACCGGGGGCCCAUCAAGUUUUCGACAAGUAAAGGCAGCCAUCUGCGGUGGACGGUGGCGCAGUCUUUUGGGAGUGACUACCAGCGGCCGUGGUGGAAGGUGCUGCCGCUCAGUCUGUUCCUCACAGGGGUGCUGUUAUGGGCGUAUUUUAGGGAAGAAACGGAAAUUGAUGAAAUCCUGUACCGGCCCGUCUCUGAACUGCUUGGAGAGAGCGAGAAGAGCGAUGAAAACAAGUGAACGCGACCAAAACUGGAGGAAACGUUGUGUAAAGUGCGCAAAAGCUUCCCGCUGAGGACGGCUCUCGGCGUUUGCAGCCGGACUGGUGGGAUGCGGGGGCGCCACCUGCGGUUAUCAAGGCUGGGUUACGUGAAUACCUACUCAGAACGCCUUAACUGUAUCCUAAGGUGGUUCGCCCAAUUAUUAUUAUUUUUUUCUUUAGCAAAAAAAAAAAAAACACCACGGCCAGAUGAUAAACAUUGGCCAACAGGAAAUGGGCUUUUUUUUUUUUGUAGUGGCGUUUUAGACGCAGCAUGGUGUGGCGGUUUUAUAAGGGCUUUUUCCAUGGUAUAGAGGGGGGAAGGCUGAAGAAACGCAAGUGAAUAAUAAAAGCCACCCCCAAAUAAAUGCGUGGAUUUCAUAAUUUUUACAAGGAAAGAGAAAAAA